CAUUUUAUUAAAAAUUAUCUUCAGUUCUGAUGGAAUAAUCCGAAACUGUGGAAAUUUUUGCGGGAAAAUAAGAGUUUACUUACUUGCUUCAUGAUCGUUAGAUAAUCUGGUAGACGCAUGUUCAUGAACGAAUCGAAUCAAGUAAAGUUCUCGUGUGACAAAGGAUGGGUGUAACAGGACUACUCCCCUUUUUGAAGAAGAUCCAUGUCCCUGUGAAUGUGGCCAAGUUUGAGGGCUGCACUGUAGCCAUUGAUGCCUACUGCUGGCUCCACAAAGGAGCUUUCUCUUGUGCUGAAAAGUUAGCCCUCGGAGAACCUACAGACCAAUAUGUCUACUACUGCAUGAAGUAUGUGGAGAUGCUUUUAAAAAAGAACCUUAAACCAGUGCUAGUAUUUGAUGGCUGUCAUCUUCCCUCCAAGAAAGAUGUUGAGAAGUCAAGGAGAGAAAAGCGGGAAAUCAACAAGAAGAAGGCUGCCCAGUUACUGCGUGAAGGUAAAAGGGCAGAGGCCAGGGAAUGCCUCCAGAGAUGUAUCGACAUCAGCCCAGACAUGGCACUCAAUCUUAUGAAUGCCUGUCGAGCAAGAGGUGUGGACUGUAUUGUGGCUCCUUAUGAGGCGGAUGCUCAGUUGGCCUACCUAAAUAAAUGUGGCAUUGCUCAGCUCAUUAUAACAGAGGAUUCAGAUCUGCUGCUGUUUGGAUGUGACAAGGUGAUAUUUAAGAUGGACCACUUUGGAAAUGGUGUUUUGAUAGAGCAGAGUCGGCUAAAUGAAGUGAUGGAGAUACAGAGUGGCUUCUACACAUUUGAAAAGUUUCGCUACAUGUGUAUCCUCUCUGGUUGUGAUUAUCUCUCCUCUCUCCAAGGCAUCGGGUUAGGAAAAGCUGCCAAAGUCUUCAAACGUGCAAGACAGUCUGAACUGAAACUGUUAUUAAAGAAAUUUCCGAGUACCUACCUGAACAUGUCCCUAGCAGUCCCAGAUGAGUAUAUUGAUGGCUUCAUUCGAGCUAACAAUACAUUUCUCUAUCAACUGGUGUAUGAUCCUUUACAAAGGAGGCUUCGUCCCUUGAAUUCAUAUGAAGAAGGUUUGAAUGCACAGCAGUUACCUUACACAGGAGCAAUGUUUCCUCAAGAUGAAGCAUACCAGAUAGCCCUUGGGAACAUCAAUAUUUACACCAGGGAAAAAUUUGCUGACUUUGAUCCAGACACUUAUGUUCCUCCUAAAGCUAGUAAGAAAAGGCCUGAGCAGCUACACAGAUUAAGCAUUUGGGACAGAAACUAUCGAACCCGUCCCAAGACUGAGCUAAGAGAAGUGCAAAAUAUUCCCAGACCAAGUUUACAUGGAAAAGAGGUCAUUGUGAAAAAAACCUUCCAAGUAAAGAGACCUCCUGCAGAAGAUGAUAAGAAUGUUAAGUCUGACAAUGAGUUGUCCAAACUUUACCAGGAAGAGAAUGAUGAGAAUUCGUCCUCCCCAUCAUCACCCAAGAAAAGGCGGCGAUCCUCGGGUGACUCGGAGGAGGACCUCCCAAAAAGUCCUGUCAAGAAGUUCAGGAAACUGUACAUGUCGCCCAGUAAGGUCCAGUUUUUUGAUUCUCUAAAAGACGCUGACCAGGAAGUGUGUGAUCAGUCUCCAUCCAAAGUCCAAGACCAAAGUGAGCAGGUCUUUGAAUCUACACCAGAAUGUCUCAAACCAUCUCCAAAACGCAACAGGUUUGCUGUUCUGAGUGAAGAGAAGCGGGAAAAAUUCAGCAUCAAUACCUCCAAGAGCAUUGUUAGAAGCAGAUUUUUUGCCUCUUCAGUAGAAGGCUCUGAAAAUUCCACAGAGAAAAAGCUUGAAGAAUAUGGCAGCAAAAACCUGGAAGUUGAUAAAGGAAUAGAAAGAAUUAAGGAAAAAGAAGAAAAACUUGAUGAGUCAAAAAUUUCAACAUCAAAUGAGUUAGGAUCAACCUCCAUAACUAGUCCGCCUAAUCCUGUCCAUCCAAAAACCAAGUCCUCUCCUGGCUCAGCCUUUACAUGGUCCAAAUUUAAAUACUCAAAAACAAGCAAUGUAACAAGUUCAAAAACAGGCAAAGUGAACUCAGAUUACAAGAAAGUGGGAUCUGAAUCUUGUCUUUCCAAUUACUUUUUGUCCAAAUCUAGGGAUGUUGAUUCUUUUGUACCGUCAUCCACAAGCCAGCUCAAGCCUGUGAAGAGUUGUGAUGACAUUGGUGAUGUUAUGGAUUCGGUGAGCCAGUCCAGCUAUGUCCAAGAGACAUUAAGUCAGGCAAGCUCUGUGUCUUACAGCCAAGAGAGCGGGGCCUACAGCAUCGAUCUGGAAUGUCUGCCAGACAGCCAGGAGAUACAGACUAUAUCUGAGGAAUAUGUAGCACAGACAGAGUCUGUCUCCAGACAAACAAAGCCAAUACAGGAAUCAAAGAAAAAUCCCCCAGCCACUAAAAAAUUAGGAUGCAGAGCAAGUGGUUUAUCCAAGAAUAAGAAAGGGAAAGGCUCUUCAGAUGACAAGCAACAGAGUAUAAAAGAUCUAUUUUCUAAGUUUGCCUUUAACAAAAGAGAGGAGAAACUUUGUCCAGGAGGAGACCAGGAUGUGGAGUUGGUAUCCUUUACACCAUCAAACAAGCCAUGUACAAAAGCAGUGCAACGGAAACUUUUACCAUAAAAUCUCUUCAACUGUAGCACAAAAGCAGUGAAGCAUAAUCUUUUACCAUCGAAAUCUCUCGACAGUAGCACAAAAGUAGUGCAAUGGAAACUUUUACCAUGGAAAUCUCUGCAACAGUAGCCCAACAAGAAACAUAUCAUAGAACCUCUGCAACUGUAACAUUCCUGAUUGACAGUACUAGUCAAUGAUUGACAAUGUCUAGUGUUAGCAUACUUUAUAAAAUACACAAACAUUUUGUACCACAAAUAAUAAAAGCCAGCCUUUUGUUUAUAAAGUC